AUGGAAGCACCUUUUGUUAUUGUUGGAGGCGGAAUCGCUGGGGUAUCUUGCGCGGAGAGCAUAUCAUUUUUAGCUCCCGAUGAAAAAAUAAUACUGAUAAGUGCGAGUCCGCUUAUUAAAACAAUAACAAAUGUUGAGCCAGUUGGAAUGACUAUGAUGAAGUUUGAUGUCGAAGAAAAAGAGUCCAAGUCUCUGUCUGAAAGAAAUUCAUUAUUAGCAGUAGUUAAUGAUGUUGUGGCGCAAAUAAAUAUUAAUGACAAGACUGUUGAAACAGAAGAGGGAUUAGUAAUAAAGUACAAUAAAUUAUGCCUUUGUAAUGGAGCCAGAGCUCGUAUCAUUAACGAGAACAAUCCGUAUGUUAUUGGUAUCCGUGAUACUGAGUCUGUGGAAAAUUUUUCACGCAAGAUAACAAACGCACGUCGAGUUAUAGUUGUUGGCAAUGGUGGUAUUGCCACAGAGAUUGUUCAUGAGGUAGAAAACGUUGAAGUUAUUUGGAUAAUUAAAGAUAAACAUAUAUCAGCAACUUUUGUAGAUCCAGGAGCUGCGGAAUUUUUCCAUGAUAAAUUGACCAAAGAUAAAUUUUCAACCGAGAAAAGUAAUGUGUGUAAAAGAUUUAAGUACACUAUUACCGACGGUAAAAAUAGAAGUGGACUUGGCGCUGCUUUGGGUCCUAAUUGGCAUGAAUCGUUUGCUCGCAGAGGCUUAGCCGCCGACGCGAUAAAGGUUCAAGUUGAGUAUGAGUCUGAAGUAAAGAGAAUCCUCCGGCCUGACCAAGUUCCAAGUACAUCUGAUGACUGGCCGGUUUAUGUAGAGCUGACUAAUGAAAAAAUAAUCGGAUGUGAUUUCAUUAUAUCAGCAACUGGAGUCACGCCUAAUGUCAACGUCAAGGGCUUAGAAAAUCUUGUGCUUGGUCAAGACGGUGGAUUUUUAGUCGACUGGAAAUUGGAGACCUCUGCUAGUGACGUCUACGCUGCUGGAGAUGUCUGUACAGCUGGAUGGGAUCUUGCAGCACAUUGGUUCCAAAUGCGUCUGUGGACUCAAGCUCAUCAGAUGGGUCGGUAUGCUGCUAAGUCAAUGGUGUCGAGUUAUAAAAAUGAAAGAUUUCUUCAGGAUUUUUGCUUUGAACUCUUCACUCAUGUAACUACUCUUUUUGGCUACAAAGUUGUGCUUCUUGGGCUCUACAAUGGACAAAAACUAGGUAGUGAUUAUGAGAUUUUGCUGAGGAUGACUAAAGGUCUUGAGUAUAUCAAACUUGUAAUGAAGGAUAACAGACUUCAAGGUGCGGUAUUGAUCGGUGAUACUGAUCUGGAAGAAAUGUGUGAAAAUUUAAUUCUUAAUCAAUUAGAUUUGAGUAUUUAUGGCGAGGAUUUAUUAAAUCCAGACAUUGAUAUCGAAGAAUAUUUUGAUUAAGUUUUUUUGGUUUAUUUAAUAAUUAUUUGCGUCGCAACAUUUAUGAAUCAAAACUUCAUCAUUGUACUAUCUAUCAUCAAUUAUAAAUAAUUUAUAAAAUCACAAUUGAAUAGAAUAUAAAAAAUCUUUA